UUCAUAUACCAGCGCCCAGGCCUUCGAAAGCUGUUCCACCCAUAUCAAAGGGUGGCCGUGUGACCGAGCGCAAUAUGGAUAUAUAAUCGCCACAAUGGAGGGCGUAGAGUCGGGCCCGACACCAAUUCCACUGGCAAACAAAGACUGCCGUGUUUGCAACAGAAGGCGAAUUCAUUGCGACCGUGCUCUACCAUUUUGCGCGAAAUGCGCACGAAAAGGCGUUCAAUGUCCUGGGUACGGACCAAGAUUCCGCUGGACGAACGCUAUUGCCAUUCGCGGGCGUUUCAAAGGCCGUGGCGCGCCCAACCUAUCCAACCAAGGCCAAUCCCUCGACUUCGAGCCUCAAUCUCUGCAGAAGAUCAAUGAGGAAGGCAUCCCUGCUCCAACAUCUCAGUUUGGGCUUGCUCUGGCUCAGCAGCUACCUCCGUCCGCGGCAAAACGUCUCCUUCAAUACUAUGCCACCAACAUUGCACCACUGAUGGUCUGGCUAGAUUCGGAGAAGAAUGAAUAUAAGCGUCUUGUUAUUCCUCUAGCAGAGAAGGAUACGAUCCUCCGUCUGGCAGUUCUUACCAUUUCCGCCGAACACAUGCCGCAUGAAGAUCACCUUCCACCAGGUUUCUCACGGUCCACAGGCGAAGCUGCCAUACUCAUGAUCACUGAACGAGUUCGCCAGAUGACGGAGUGCAGUAUGGAUGAUCCACAAAUUGACGUCAAUGGUGGGAUCACCGCAGGAAUUCUAGCUGCCAUGCUAAUUCUCUCAAACCAUUCUCUGCUAAAGUCGGAGUUAUCUCAUGCUCAAUCUCACCGGCAAGCGGCACGGAUUUUGAUGAACUCGCUGGCAUUGAAACGGCCUCCUGAUGACGACCUCACCAUCUUUCUGAAAAACCAAUUGGCUAUUUACGACGUUCUGGCAUGCACAACGUUAUUCAACUAUGACCAUGUUGAGCACGCCGUCUUGCCACAUGUUUUGCAACAAGACGUCCCUUUUGGAGAUUUCCUUAAUAUCCUGCACCAUGUUACCGUCAUGUCACUCCGCAACUUCAAGAAUACGAAGCAGGCUGAAAGUCUUGAAGAGGAAUUCAAGCUUGCAAGAGGCUCGACAUUGCUGGCUGCAGGAACGCUUACUCAGACGCUCACCCAAUCGUCCAGACGAGACUUCAUACGACUCGUUGAAGCAUACCAUCAUGCUGGCAUCCUAUACGCGUAUACUCGUCUUUACACAACCCCUACUGACGAUGAACGAGCGGUUGGAUUUCAUACUGAUGAGCUUUUCAAAGUCCUAGACCAGUUUGAAGACAUAAACUCCUCUUUACACAACCUAGCAUGGCCUCUUUUCAUUGCCGGAACCUCUUGUUCGGGAGAUAAAAAGCGCAUGGAAAUCAUUAGCAGGUUGUGUCGAAUGUUAUCGACUAACACGCGGUUUGAGCAUUACGCCAACCUCUCAGUCUUUCUCCAGGAGCUCUGGCAAAGUUCGACUUCGGACUGGACUCUACUUGCGCGUCAAUGGGAGCGAAAGGGUACUCCGGUCAUAGCAGUCUGAGGCAAUAUGAUGGUUGUACCUUUCUGUUAAGUGUAAGGAAAGAAAACAACUUUUCUAAGCGGCCUUUGGAGUUUCUUGGUCCGUUUUACGCUGGAGUUCAAAGGCUAUUUGGAAUCUCCAAUCACGGACAGCCGGUCUCGAUGGUGCGCCUGUACAACGUGGAAGUUGUUGCCAUGGUCGAUUACACCAGACUCCCUGAGACUGAAGAAUUCCAUCCACAAUCUACACCUGCUACCAACCGGCUCUAUACUCUACUUGAGGUAUUCCCGAAUGGCUUCUUCUGGCGCAUCCUUGUGCAAGAAGUUCGGAAUUCUCUCAAACAUCUCCCAUGCACUUCGCCGCAGAAACUCAGUCUGCUCUUUGACCCAUCGUUCAACCUCUUCCCGCUCGAUCAUCUCUCCC